AUGGACAGCGCCACACGCAUCCCGUCUCGUGUUCUUCACUUACCCUCGCCACUGCUUCAGCCGCGCGGCUCGAGAUGGGCAUCCGUGCAACCGUCACCCGAUCGCGCUAGUCUGCUACUUCGCGGCCGUCAUGAGUGUCAGCUGUUGGCCGUCUCGUCCUUCGCGCAGCAGGUGCCAUGGGCAACCGCCUUGGCGCGAUCGUCCAGCAGCGGCGAAGAAGAUGACGCGCGUCACUUGGUGGCAGAACAGUGGAGUCAGCGCGGUGCUGCUCGUGGCAUCUCUGCUGGUGAGGGGGGAGGGCGGCGGUGCCUUGUCCUGCCGCAGCCGCACCGCGACCUCACCUCUUCAUGCUGGCUCUCUGCAAGUUUUGACACGCUCGGCGAUGAGGAUGACGAGGCAACUGUGAGCGAUGAGGUGGCGUUUGGUCCGGUGGUAGGGCUUGGCGAUGCCGCCUCAGUUAUCACGAUCAUGCGUCCCUCACCCCUCAGCACAGCCAAAUCGCCUCCUGGCACGACUGCCAAGUGGUUGCAGAGCACCAUCUUCCUGGAGGACGCGGAGGACGCUGUGUUUGCCAGCCGCACACCCUUGACGUGGCACAAGCAGCAUGGCCACCACCACGACGGCCUCGACGUGGUCACGGCACUCAAACGGCCGUGUCACUCGUAUCGUGCUCUACCGAUAGCACCGGCUUGGAAGGCGGUAGAAGCGAUCCUGCCGUGCAGCUAUGCUCCAAGCCACCCCAGCGGUGGUCUGACCGACAUGUACGUUCUCUGCCAGCGCGUGGAUGACAUCUACGUGGGCAGCGGCAUUGCCGCCGCAGGGCGCUCCGCGAGGCGGCCGUGUAGUUGUGUGUGGUUGUCCUCGGUGCAACGCGAGUCGGCCUGGCGCGUGCCGUUGGCCAUACCACCCGGAGACGAAGACACACUAGGCAUCGGAGGAGACGGUGUUGCUGCGUCUUCUUUAGCAGAGCUGAGGCACGCUGUGCGGCGCACUCCGCGCCUGUUCGAUGUGCGUCGGCGCCUGCCUCGUCUCAAGCACGCUUCAGCGCACGAGUCGUCGCAUCCUCGCCCCGCGCCGCCGCCCGCACCAGCGCAUGAGCGCGCAAGUAGCGCUGAGACAGGGCCGAUGGGUCUCGUCUUUGCGGCUGCUUUCCGUCGCCACGUUGGUCUUUACACCUCCGCAACAGUCACCCCAACGGUCUUCUUUGUGCUGCCGCCACGGCUUACAGACGGGGUAGGCGGUAGAACUGCUGCUGCUACCGCCUCGCCUUCUCAAUGGUGCUCGAACUGGUGCGUGACGUCUGUAGUGGAGGAUUCAUCCUUCGCAGCUGCAACGCCAGCAGCAGCCCUGCAGACAUCACCAGUUGGUGGUGGCAGCGGCUACUCGUACCUUGUGACGCUGAUGCACAAUCAGCGGAGCAGGCGGAGGAGCAACACUCACGUAGCUCCCGCGAAGGUGGAGCACCGUGGUCAGUCAUGGCAGAGCGAUGCGAACAGCAAUAGCAGCGACUGCGACGGCAACUGCUGGUGGCUGCUGUACGACUGCAGGAACCCGUCCCUACCGGUUUGGGCAGCCGAGGAGGCGCUCGUAGUGCCGCCAGCGCUCGACGAAGAAGAAGUCUGGCAUGAUGCACCGGUAGUCACGGAGUGGCUUGCAUCAGCGUCGCCGCCACCCAUGUCACACGCUAGCCUCCGCCGCAGUCCACUGUGCGCGACGUACGUCCCGCUCGCGGCGACUUCCACAGACGAUGCGAGCGCUCUUACGGGGCCAUCGGCGUGCGGCGUGUGUGCAGUGCUCGAUGGUGGGACGACGAGGCCCGGCGGCGUGGCCUUGGACGCGGCGGACAAAGACGUCGUUGAAGGCGAGGAGGCAACGGCCGUAUUCUCCCCCAUCGUGUAUGAACUAUCGCCGCCGCGCUCUCUGCGGUUACCAGCACCCGGUGCUCCUCCGACGGUGACCACAAAGCUGCCACGUGUACGUGCGCUGGCGUACGCCGACGGCGUUCUUCACUACGCGUGCGAAGUGGUACUUUAG